AUGGCUUUAUCAAAAUCGUUAAUGGUUUAUCCAAUGGCGGCUUAUGCAGGAUCAAAUAUGCUUUUACUUAAUUCAUUGGCAAAUAAUAAUUAUAUCAAAAGAUGUAAUGUCGCUCCUGAUCUCAGUAAAGUUUCUUAUGAUGCAGUUCAUUCAACAAUUAUGAAUAUCGCUUGCUGCUUUCUUUGCGAAAUGAAUGUAUCAAAAACUUUACUUAUGAUUGCAAAUGAUCCUAAUUUAAGUGGAUGGGGAUAUCUAUUAUCAAUAAUAAUCACAUAUAUAGUUGGUGGAGCAAGUGAAAGUAAUGAAAAAAUAAUUAUUUUAUUUGCACAAUUGAAAGAGCUUCAUAUUUAUGUUUUAAUUCUAAUUGGAGUCCUUCUAUUUAUGCUAGAACACGAUGGAAUUAGUUUACAGAGACUUAUUGAAACACGUUCUCCACCAUCAAAAUGUAACUUAUCUGAAGCAAUAUCUCUUAUUUCAUCCAAAAGUCUAAGAAAAAUCAAAAAAUCUGCCGAUUCUAUAUCAAAACAAAAUUUUUAUUCAUUUGAUAAUCAAAUUGAUGAUUUGAUAAAAGUAUCUUUAUCAUCUGAAAUAGAUCAUAUAGGUUGUGCAAUUUUCAAAGAUUUACUUUUGAAAAAUUUUGGUAUAGAGCAUUUAUGGGAAUUAUGUGAAAAAUGCAUCUCAUGUGGAAUUGUUUCAGUCACAAAAGAAACUGUUUCGCAGGAGACAAUGAUAAAUUAUAUUUCACAUGAAGAUGGAAAUCAUCCAUUGAUAGUUGUAUGCACAUCUAGAUUAGGAGAAGGCGUUGAUUUGGCUCAUGCUGGCCCAACUUUCGUUAUUUCAACCCAAGGAAAACAAGAAAAAUCAGUAACAAAAAGAGAUUGCAUUCAAUGGCUUGGAAGGGGCUAUAGGAAAUCUAACUCAUCAUUAUGUUUUUGCCUUAAUAUUCCAAAAGAAGAGCCAGAAAAAGAAUUUUCAUCAAAAUAUGAAUCAGAAUUCAAAGAUUCUCAUACUGCUAUUUACUCAGGAUUCUUAUCUUCAAGACUGGCACGCGACAUGUUUACAUGUCUGGCACUAAAGGACGUUUCUUGUGAUUCAAAAACAGGAGAUCCAAUUACAAGUACAAUUAUUCCAAAAUCAAUUACAGAUGCACAAUUGAUCUGCGUUUCGCCUGUAAUUCUAGAUGGACUUAUUGAUGGUAAUGGAGAUCCUAUUAUAAGUUCUAUUAUUAGUACAGUUCAAACUAGAUAUGUUCCUCUCAAAAUGGUUAUUAGAAGCAAAAAAAUGUAUCAGCUUGAUGCCAAACAUUUAAAUACGAUCAUUCCAGAUAUAUUUAUUUCAGAUACUCUCGGAGUGUCUACAACAGCAUGGGGAAUUUAUUGCGCUUCUGCUUUUUCAUAUAUAGCUUCUAGAGCUCAAUUACCUCCGGAUGUAGAUAGAAACAUUUUUGAUUUGUAUGAUUUCACACGAAAUUUGAGUAGAAUGAUGAUGUUUAUGUCAAAUUUGAAAGACUCAAGCAUAUGGAAUGGCAUAUAUAAAAACUUAAAUUCAAAUAAUGUCAAUGGUUGCAUUGAGUUUUUCAAAGAAAUACCAGGCUCAAGCUCAGAUUUUCCAUCUUUGAAAUCAUUAGCCCAAAGAAAAGCAUUAUGCCAAUUUGUCGGAGCAUGCAUUGCAAGAAGAAUGGGAGUUCCAUGCUUAUCAUUUAUAUUCACUAUUGGAUGCAUUGCAUGUAACAUACAAAUCGAUUCAAUCGGUGAAAUUCCAGAAGGCUUUAAACAUGAAGAUGGCAAAUGCCCUAAAAUUAAGAAGACAGAUGUUUUCAAAAAUUUCGACAGCGUUGUCAACAUAAUGGACUUAGUAUCAACACUUGGAUUGGGUUUCCUUAUUAACGAUGAUUCAUAUAUCCCACAAAAUGAAGUUAAUUUGAAAUGCAAGAAGAAGAAAACAGUUACUAUUCCUCCUAUGUAUACUCAACCUCUUAAGUUUUAUUUAUGCAGAGAAAAGAAUCCAUUUACAAUGAAGAUGAAAGCAGGUGAUAAGCCAUUUUUAAACCCAAUUCUUUGGACAGAAGCAUGUGACUGCUUUAUAUCAUGUUGCAACCUAUUGUUAAAGGUUUCAAAUAAGCCUCAAAAAAUAUAUAGUUCAAAAAACGAAAAGUCUGCACCAAAAUAUUCAACUAAAAUGGUUUCACUAUAUAAUAUGCUAUAUAUGAAACCUCAAUGCAUUAAUGAUCCAAGACUUCAAAUAUUCGCUGAAGGAUUGAGAAUGAUUCACCAUAUCAGAACCUCGGUUGAAAAAUGUACAUCCCUGCCACAGCGUGAUACAUCUCCAUUUAUAUCAUUAAUUGUUGGAUUUUCCAGUUCAUUUUCAUCCUUAUUUGAUGAAAUAGGCGAUGGAAAUCUUUUUAAGGAAUUUUAUGAUAUAUUAUCAUCUGACACAAAUUCAGUAUUACAAGUGAAAGAUGAAGACAUUCUUAAAACAUUAUAA